CUCAUCCCGAACAAGAUUUUUUCACCAAAGACUCUCUGCACGCUUCCGUCAGCUACAAUGAAGGCCUCCAUCGUGUCACUCGUCUUCACCGCGGCUCUUGCUGCUGCCCAGGAUCUCAGCGGCCUCCCAACCUGUGCUACCGGCUGCGUCACAAAGUUCACCACCGGUUCCGCGAUUGGCGGCUGCCAGCAGCUUGACAUUGGAUGCAUCUGCAAGAAUGCCGACUUCCUCAACGGCAUCGCAUGCUGCCUGGCCGAUGCCUGCAGCAAAUCUGACCAGGACAAGGCCGUCUCGUUUGCUCAGCAGAUCUGCUCUUCCGCGGGCGUGAGCACCCCCGACACCGUUGUGUGCAAGGACAGCUCUUCACAGACCGGAUCUGCCACUGCAUCGGAUAGCUCUGCUUCGAGCAAGACGACUGAUUCUUCCGACUCAUCCACCACUGGAUCUUCCGAUUCCUCAUCUACCACCGCCACCGACUCUUCCUCUACCUCGACUGGCUCUGGCUCCACAACUGCUGCUCCCACCGGCUCUUCCGCACAGACAACCACAGGAUCCUCCACAAGGUCCGCGGCUACAUCUACGAGCUCAGGUGCUGCUGCCCCCUUGGCUUCUGCUGGUAGCCUCGUUGGUGCAGCCAUUGCCAUGCUGGCUGCUGCCCUAUAAGGGAUUCACAAAACGCCUCCAUACCGCAACAGCAGAGAGAGCUGGGACAAGGAAUAUCUGGUGUGACAGUAAUCUUAUAUGCUUUUAACGGGGAGGCACUAAAUGUAACUGCACGAACUGAAUGAAUGUUGUAAAUAGUCUAGUUAGGCGAGGAAUGAUUUGACUAGAGUUCUAAUGAGGGAGACACCAAACUAUAAUACCGAUUGCUACGUUGCCUAUCAAUGGCUCAUAUA